GUGGCGUUUCGGGAUUUUUGCCUAUAUAAAGGACAACCAAUUCUCGCAUGCAUGCAAGUCAGUGAGUAGAGCCUUUUCCCUAGUCAUCCAGCAUCAAGAUUGAGAGAUAGAGAGAGCAAUAAGAGAGCUAUGAAACCGACGAGCCUCCUCCUCCUCUUCCUCGCCAUCGCAGUCUCGGCAUCGCUGACCCUCGCCGGCGACGUGCCCAACAAGAUCCACCCGCUCCGGCCGCAGGUCGGCUCCGGCGGCCACCACAUCCCGGGCGUCUCCUGCCAGAGCUGGCGGCUCGCGGUGGAGACCGACAACAUCAAGGACUGGGACGUGGUCCCCAUGGUCUGCGAGAACUACGUCGGGAACUACAUGCUAGGCCACCAGUACCGCAAGGACUGCAACGCCGCGGGCUGGGCGGCGUACGACUACGCCAAGGGGCUGACGCUCAAGAAGGACGGGAAGGACGUCUGGAUCUUCGACAUCGACGAGACCGCCCUCUCCAACCUCCCUUACUACGCCCGCCCCGACAAUGCAUUCGGGGCGAAGGAGUACAACGAGACGACGUUCAAGGAAUGGGAGCUGGAGGGCAAAGCGCCCGCCGUGCCGGCGAUACUGUACCUGUACAAGGGGCUGCUGAAGUUAGGGUUCAAGAUCGUGUUCAUCUCCGGCAAGUCCGAGAGCCUGAGGUCCAUCACCGUCUACAACAUGAAGAAGGUGGGCUACCACACCUGGGAGAAGCUCAUCCUCAAGCAGACGUCGGAAUCCGGGACGACGGCGAUGGUGUACAAGUCGAAGAAGAGGAAGGAGCUGGAGGAGGCGGGCUACAGGAUCCUGGGGAACAUGGGGGACCAGUGGAGCGAUCUGAUGGGGAGUCACGUCGGGAACCGCACCUUCAAGGUCCCGAAUCCGAUGUUCUACAUCGCCUGAGCCUCCUCCUCGGAUUUCUUUUUUUUUUUUAAUGUCGUUCAAAGCUUCGAUCGACGUGUGUCUUGUGUCUAUGUCUGGAGUCUAUGCUGCCCCCGCUAAUCUGUGGUAUUAAGAAAGGUCCGAACGCUUAGCUAGCGACGCUGGCCAACGCGAGGAGAUCCUUUCGUCGGCAACACACAAAUAAGAGCUUAAAAGGAUGGAUUAGACUCAACCUUUGUAAUGCUUUAUGUCUUGUCGUUUAUGUUCUAGUACUAAUGGGAUAUAUUGUGAUGUGAGAUUUGCAGUAA